AUGUUCCUGGCACAUGAAGAAACAGAGAAGAAAUAUUUUUGGGUACUUCGUUACAGAGCUGGACCAGGCGUUUCCGAAUUGGAUGUAUCGGAAGACCCACCGUGGAAUGGGAAAGUUUUCGCGUCUGUCAUCAAUGAAAUGAAUCCAAAUUUGGACUGGUACGAAGUAUUCGAUCGAUUGGAUGAUGUACAAAUGCUAGUUACACGAAGACAGUCUCUAAUUACUCUCAUUGAUGCGUUGAAAACAGGACUCAGGGAUAAGCCUUUUCCAAUAGCAAAGCUUUAUACAAAAUGGCGGUGCAGGGAAGCCCAAUUAUCAUUAAUAUCGUCUAUGCUAGAAAAUCCAGAUGUAUUUUGCAUAGCCGACUAUCCUCAUAGAUCCGUGCCCACAGGUACGCUGAAAAGCACUCCAGAUGAAAGUGAUCGGCUUUUAGCGUCUUGGUGCUGUGUGGAAUUAACAGAGCUGCUAUUAACAAUGGCUGGCGAGCAAAAUGUGCAGACGGCUGCCAUUCGACUUCUGCACAGUGCACUUGAAAAAUGGCCUGAUGUGGUAUUGCUCGCAUUGUUCCAAAUACCGCCACCUGUCACGGAUCUUCGUCAAAAAUUCAUCGAAAUGAUACUGCCGGUCUUCAUACAUCACCAUACAAAUGCGGUUUCCGUGCUCAACGCUAUAUGGAAUAGUGAGGUAGCAAUUCUCUUGUGA